AUGGAGAAACUGCGUUGCAUUCAGAAUAAAACCAUCAUCGAAAUGGCGACAGUUCUCAUACGCAAUGUCCAACCGGACAAGCAUACCGUCUCAGUCACGACGGAUCCCGUCUUGAGCGCUUCCUCAUCCGAUGAAAAGAUCAAUAUUGAGGUCGACACUGAGAGACUCAGACUAGGAGAGCCAUCUGAAGAGAAACGGUUUUGGUUUCAAAGAGGCAAAACAUAUAAUCCAGAAGCUAUUGCAACGCAGCCGUCAGUCUUUGACGAUCCAGAGACAGCCAAACUCUAUCAACCGCGUGCUGACUGGGAGAACCUGGGCCGAUUUGACCCUUCAGCAAGAUGGACCUGGAAAGAGGAAUACUCCGUCAUUCGCAAGAUUGAUUUGAAAAUCAUGAUCUUUGCUUGCAUCAUGUUUAUGUCGCUCGAGCUCGAUAGAGCUAACAUUUCUCAAGCCGUGACUGAUAACUUCUUGCAAGACUUGAACAUGAAUACCAAUGACUUCAAUUGGGGAAACACGGUGUUUAAGCUGAGCUUCUUGUGCGCCGAGUUGCCGUCCCAGCUUGUAUCCAAGUGGAUUGGACCCGAUCGAUGGAUUCCAGCGCAGAUGGUUCUUUGGUCAAUUGUGGCUGCUUCACAAUUCUGGUUGAAUGGGAAGACAACAUUCCUCCUGUGCAGGGCUCUGCUGGCACUCUUGCAAGGAGGAUUCAUACCCGAUAUGAUCCUGUACUUGAGCUAUUUUUACAAGCAUGGCGAACUGUCGCUCCGACUUGGGUUUUGGUGGACAGCAAUGUCCAUUGCUGAUAUCAUUGCCGCGUUUUUGGGCUUUGGACUACUUCAUCUUCGAGGACAUUUGGGAUAUGAGGGUUGGAGAUGGCUGUUCCUGAUCGAGGGGCUGUUGACCUUUGUGCUUGGUCUAAUUGCGUUCGUUCUGAUGCCUCCGGGCCCCACACAAACGGCCAACUGGGCAAGAGGCAAGAAAGGCUGGUUCACAGAACGGGAGGAAAUCAUCAUGGUGAACAGAAUCAUCCGAGAAGACCCCAGCAAAAGCACGAUGCACAACCGUCAGCCCAUCACACCCAAAUUGCUUUGGGAGAGCAUUACGGAUUAUGAUCUGUGGCCGUUGUAUUUACUUGGUCUGAAUUUCCAAACGCCGAUGACCACUCCCAGCCAGUAUUUGACCCUUUCACUUCGACAACUUGGAUUUGGCACUUUUACAACCAAUUUGCUUGUUAUACCCACGCAGGUUGGACACAUUAUAACCAUGUUGGGGGUCACUUACCUCUCAGAGAUCUUCGGGCAACUGUGGCUCUGGGGACUGAGUGCUCAAAUAUGGGUUUUGCCAUUCCUGGCAUACAUCUACGCAGUCGACAUCAAUUCCAUACCCAGAUGGACAGCCUUUGGCAUUAUGACGGCCCUGUUAUCUUACCCUAGCGUUCAUGCAAUCCAGGUGGGCUGGAACUCGAGGAACUCGAAUUCGGUCAGAAGCCGUACCGUAAGUGCAGCGUUAUACAACAUGUCCGUCCAGACCUCAGGGAUUAUUGCAAGCAAUAUCUAUCGUGAAGAUGAUCGUCCUCGAUACCGACGGGGCAACAGAGCAUUACUGUCGAUUAACGUUCUGAACAUCGGCUUGUACGUCUUUGCAAAAGUCUACUACACCUUGCGCAAUCGCUUCCGUGACCGUAAAUGGAAUGCGAUGACCGAAGAAGAGCGCAAGGAAUAUCUUGCAACGACCAAGGACAAGGGAAACAAGCGGUUGGACUUUCGAUUUGCUAGCUGA